CCUGUGAAUGUUUGGACCUUUAAAUGUUUGGGUCUGUGAGCAUUUUGUCAGGGCGUUGUAGAUGGCGGACCCACAUGCACAGCACAACACAGCUUUGAUGGUGAUAAGAGGAUAGUUUAUUCCAGAUACAGAAUCCAAUUCAGGCAGAGUCAUACACGGGAGGUUCUACGAGGUUAAACAAGGUCAGGCAGAGACGGCGUCAGGGACAGGCAAAGUCGUACACGAGAGAUGGAUUUACUAUACCAAAACGUCGGGCGUCGGAUCGUGGUCAGGCAGCCAAGGUCGGUAACAGGCAGUAGUAGAGAACCAAGGCAGACAGGGACUAGGCAGGCUCGGAAUCAGAGGUCAAAACAGGAUGCACGACAAGACUAGACUAACGAACACUGGAAAGUGGUGAUAACACGAGGUGGAGCUUAAAUACGGAGCGGACUGAUAGCAGAUGAGAUGCAGGUGUGGAUAAUGAAGACCGGUACAGACAGGGAACAGCUGAUGAUGUGGUGUUAACAGGAAGUCCUAUAAAAUAAAGGCGGCUAUAAAGCCAGGACGUGACACAUUUGGGCCUGAAGGUUUGAACCAGUGAACGUUUGGACGACUGACUUGGACCUGUGAACGUUUGAACCUUCCAGGUUUCACAGCUGUGGACGAAUGGCCGGUCACCAGCAGCUGCCACAACCCAAAAGGUUUAGACGACUGCUAUGCGUCAGCCUUGUGAUGGUCCAUGUUUCCAUCCUGCUGUUCUGGAGCUACAGUGAGACCCACAGCAGUCCCUCCGUCUCCUCAGACCAGCACCACAGCUCGUCAGCUCCGCCUCCAGCCCAGGGACCGCUUGGAUGCCAACCUCUGGUUCCAAGACAAGCAGAGCCGUCCUUCGUGGCAGUGAACGGUACCAAGACGCUUCUGAUAUCAGCUUAUACAGAACACCGCACAGGAAGGAAGGAGGUUCGUAUCAUCGCUGUGGUCCUGAGGAGAGAAGCUGUCAAAUACCACUGCCUCCUUCAGUGCCAGGGCCAGCUGCAGCAGGUCCGAGGCUCCAGCAGCGUCCAUGCCGACCACUUUGACUUUGAGUAUGGGACGGCAGACAUCAUGUGUCCUCUGCCUGCAGCCUGCCAGACGGCGUCGCGGGUGGCCGUGCUCUCUGCGGCAGCCAAGUCUGAAGACUCUAUGACAUUUCUGGAGGUAAAGAACCAGAGGAAAAGCGACUCCUUUGCUCACAACUUCACCGUCUGUUUCUCUGUAAUGUUUGAAUUCACCAAUGUGCUGCAGCUGGUCCAGAGUUUGGAAAUGCUGCGCUUACUGGGUGUGAGCAGAGUUGUGGUGUACGUGAGCAGCUGCAGCCGUCAGACAUGGGCCUUACUGAACCACUACACACAAACAGGGCUGGUGGAGGUGAUUCCUUGGUCGUGGUCCAGGUAUCUCAAUGUUUCCCGGGGCUUUAUACCUUCUCAACACCCUGGCGACAUCCACUACUUCGGCCAGAUCCCUGCUCUCAACGACUGCGUCUACAGAUACAUGUACCAGUCGAGAUACGUGGCGCUACAGGAUGUGGACGAGCUCAUCCUGCCCCAGACGGUGGACAGCUGGUCGGAACUAUUGCCAAUACUGGAGAAGAAGUACGGCGCAGACAAAGGCUACAUGUUCGAGAACAACGUGUUCCCCAUCACCAUCCACAAGCUCCCUCCUGCCUCCACAGCUCCGCCCCUGCUAAGCCCCACCUGGCACAAUGUGACCGGCGUGAACAUCCUGGCUCACCUGUACCAGGAGCCCAUCAUCAAGGAAACUUAUAACUGGAACUUUAAGGUCAUCGUGAAUCCGCGAGCUGUGUUUACCCCGACGGUUCACGGGCUGCUCAAGUCCCAGAAGGGCUGCGCCUGGGUGGACAGGACCAUAGCACGCAUGUAUCACACAAGACCUGCCAAACAACCCAACUUGAAAGCAAAGCAGCUGAUCUAUGAUGACAGGUUGUUGAGCUUUAGCAAACGGCUCAUACCUGCAGUCAACACCACGCUCAGACAGAGUGGACUCAUCCCACAGCAGAACACAGACCGACAUGCUGUAGGACCUGUGGUGGAGAAGUCCAUCAAGCUUUGGACUCGCGUACACAAUUGGUUGCACAUCGCUGGGACCAAUUAAACCCAGCCUUCUGCAGGAUGAGCUCAGAUGAACUUAUGAUUUUGUUAUUAUUCUAUCUAACUUUAAUUGUGAGAGUAAAUGACAUUAAUGAUAUUGCAAAGGUUCGGUUCCUUUUCUCUUUCUGAACAUGCUACACACUUAUUUGUCAUCUAUUAUUUUGAUACUAACCAGAAGAUUUACCGCGCAUGUUUACCUUGACAACAGUUGCCACAGUUCUCCAUUUUACCAAUAGAGGACAACAAUACAUUUAGGUUGUACCGCAAUUUUUUCAACUUUGUUGAGAAAAUCAUUUCAUAAGGCAGGACUUUAAAAAUACAUUGCUAUAUUAUUGACUAAUAACUUCUUUCUAAAAUACACUUAUUAACACUCCAAGAGGACUCAUGACCACUUUUAGCAUGGAGACACACAGCGCAUGUGCUGAACACAGCAGUGAGGAAGACCACCCUUCCUUCCACCGAGAGCAAAGGAGAAGAUCAUUAGUGACUCUAACCAGAGCUGUUUCUGUGCUAUGAUGUUUUCUAAAUCAUGACUAAAAAUCUUUGUACAGGUUAUUCUUACUCAGGUGGUCAGAUAAUUGUUUAGCCUAUUUUUCAAGAAUCUUGGAAAAAAAGGGUACAUUUGAAAUGGGCCUAUAGUUGGCUAGUUCUCCACGGUCCAGAGUAGGUUUUUUCAAUAAAGGUUUGACCACAGCCACCUUAAAAGCCUGUGGUACAUAGUCUUUAUGUAAAGAUUGGUUGAUUUGACUUAAUAUGGAUGAGCUGAUUAAAGGUAGAACUUCUUUCAAUAAUCUGGUUGUGAUUGAAUCUUAAAGACAAGUGGACGACUUGGAAGUGUUGAUGUGUUUCACGGGGGCCUGGCUGCGUUAACACUGACCCAGAGAGUUUCCACACGUUAUCCUCAUCGCUGAUUACCACCUCCACCCCCCACACAGUGUGUGGCUGGACAGAGGAGCACCUUCAGCCACAGGCUGAUCAGUAUUAGGUUCUCCACGGAACGCCAGCGGAGAACCUUCCUACCGGUACCAUCAGUCUGUACAACUCCUCCUCUGCCUGGAAGGGUUGAUCUUCAUCCAUGCAAUAACAUGUAUAAUGCAACUUUAGCUAGUAAUUAGAUAUGAGUGUGUGUAGAAGCAUUAGCAUUCUUAUUUUUAAUCUCCCAUAGUUCUUGUUUGUCCCUCCAACUGUGACAGCAACCAAAGUGUGCAAAAUAAUUUCCCUCUGGGAUUAAUAAAGUUUUUGGAAUCUUGAAGCUUGUUGGACUGUUUUUUUUUUUGGCACCUUCUGUCCUAACAGUUCACAUUUUUAUAAAUCCAUACACAACCAAAGCAUUCUGUCACACUCCCCUCAAAGGACAGUUUACACAACACUCAGUAUUGCUUAAUACUUGUGUUGCACUUUACAUUAUUUAGUCUGCGCUGCUAAAUACUUCAUAUACAUUUUUCUGUUUAGCAAGAAUGUGUUGUCUUGUGUUCUAUGUCUGUCAUCGUUGUAGCACUUUGAUCCAAGAGGAACAUUGUUUGUUUUCAUUCUACAUGACUCUUUAGAUUGAAAUGACAAUAAAAACUUUGUAACAUUGAAGAAACCUCAAAACCUAAUCAAUUGUUCAAUCUUUUGAAUACUUUUACUUAUUCAUUGUGUAAAGGUAGUUUUACUCCAGCAGUGUGUCAGAAAGCUGAUAAUCAUUAGUCGUUAAUCAACUAAUAAAUCGGUUAUUUAAAAUUGUGUGUUGUUCCUUAAAUAGUGAAUCAGCUCAGCUGAAUCCUGUUGAAUGGAAGCAAUAAGCAAUGAAGUACAGUAGAGCACAAAGUCACAUAAUUAA